ACGUUCGUCAGCGCUUAUUCCUGCUACAAGUGAUGGGACGUUGACGGUGGUGGGCGGGCGCAGCUUAGAAAAUUGUAAGGUCAUUUGAAUUACGUUUGCCAGCGAGGUGAUCGGCCACAAUGAUCCCAGAAAUGCUAUCAGCGGCGGGAUGAGGAUGAUCACGGGGUCAAAGUCGAUGCGCACCGCCACGCGAAUCUGACUCCCGAUCAGCCGGAGGAGAGGAGCAGCGGCUCGGUGUGGCAAUCUACAGCAGGAGGGGGGGGGGGGAUCCCGGUGCGUGUGUCUCCGUCCGUGUGAGCCUCUGUGGAGCCAGGCGAGCGGCUGUGAGAGGCGGAGGGGGCGACCGGGCUAACGCGUAAGCCGAUCAAGGUGGAAUCGCACACAACGAAUUUACGCGUCAGGGGAUUUCUGCGCACAUACAUGCUGUGACGGUGCGAGCCCAGUGCAAGGAUGAUGCGUCUAGGGUGCUGCACAGCCCUGCUGUUUGUGUUGAGGCUACUGGUGGGCUUGCCUUGGUACCAGGUUCUGCCGGCCAUAUUGAUCUUCUAUCUGGGAAGCGGAGGAUGGAGCUUCCUGCAAAUUUUUGCCAAAACAAUCGGCAGAGACUUACAUGCGGCAAGUGUGUUGUUGCGGGUGAAGAUGAAUGUCAGACGUCACCUCAAACAGAAAAACACAAUUCCCAAGAUCUUUGCUGAGACAGUGCGUCGCCACGGUGACAAGACGGCACUUAUCUUCGAGGGUACGGGGGAAAAGUGGACCUUCCGGGAGUUGGACGAGUACUCCAACAGAGUGGCCAACCUGCUGCUACAACGGGGUUUCAAGGAGGGUGAUGUGGUGGCCCUCUUCAUGGAGAACAGGUCCCAGUACGUGGGCCUCUGGCUUGGCAUGGCCAAGAUUGGAGUAGAGGCCGCUCUCAUUAACUUCAAUCUGAGACUAGAGGCCUUGGUCCACUGUGUCACCAUCUCCAAUGCCAAGGCUGUGGUGUUUGGCGCAGAGCUGACUGAUGCUGUUUGCGAGGUCCACAAUUCAAUGGGAAAGGCGGUGCAGAUGUUCUGCUCCGGAGACUGGGACCCGAAACGAGUCCCUCAGGGCACAGAGUGCCUCGAGCCCCUGCUGGCUGCUGCCCCGUCUCACCUGCCCAGCCGGCCCCUACGCUGCUUCACAGAUCGCCUAUUCUACAUCUACACAUCAGGAACCACUGGGAUGCCUAAAGCUGCCAUUGUUGUGCACAGCAGGUACUACCGCAUGGCAGCUUUGGUAUAUUAUGGCUUCAGGAUGACGUCAGACGAUGUGCUGUAUGAUUGCCUUCCACUCUACCACUCUGCAGGAAACAUUGUGGGAGUGGGCCAGUGUUUGAUCCAUGGCAUGACUGUAGUCAUCAGAAAGAAGUUCUCUGCCUCGCGUUUCUGGGACGACUGUGUCAAAUACAACUGCACUAUUGUGCAGUACAUUGGUGAGAUCUGCAGAUACCUGUUGAACCAGCCAGUGCGGGACACAGAACAGCAACAUCGGGUGCGCAUGGCACUGGGGAACGGCCUUCGCCAGAGCAUAUGGGAGGAGUUUAUGAACCGCUUCAAUAUCCCGCAGAUUGCAGAGUUCUACGGAGCAACAGAAUGCAACUGCAGCCUGGGCAACUUCGAUAACAGGGUCGGAGCGUGCGGCUUCAACAGUCAGAUUUUACCCUUCAUCUACCCCAUCAGACUGGUGAGGGUUGAUGAAGAGACCAUGGAACUCAUUAGGGGACCUGACGGCGUCUGCAUUCCCUGUAAACCUGGCGAGCCUGGCCAGCUCGUAGGCAGGAUCAUUCAGAACGACCCUCUCAGGAGGUUUGAUGGCUAUGUCAACCAAACAGCUACCAGCAAGAAGAUUGCUCAUAGUGUCUUCAAGAAGGGAGACAGUGCUUAUCUCUCUGGUGAUGUGUUGAUCAUGGACAUUUACGGCAGCAUGUAUUUCAAGGACCGGACAGGAGACACUUUCCGCUGGAAAGGAGAGAACGUCUCCACAACUGAGGUGGAGGGAACGCUUAGCAGGCUGCUAGAAAUGAAAGAUGUAGUUGUGUACGGAGUGGAAGUACCAGGAGCCGAGGGAAAGGCUGGAAUGGCAGCCAUCGCCGAUCCGUCUCACAACACAGACCUGGAGAAGUUUGUGAAGGACAUGGAGAAGGCUCUGCCUCCGUACGCCAGACCCGUGUUCCUCCGCUUCCUUCCAGAAGUCAACAAGACAGGAACAUUUAAGUUUCAGAAGACGGACAUGCGUAGGGAUGGAUUUGACCCGAGCGCAGUGUCAGAUAGACUCUACUUCCUGGAUUCCAGCAGAGGGCGCUAUGUGCGGCUGGAUGAGGAGUUUUAUCGCUCAAUACUGUCAGGGAAACACAAGUUGUGAUGACAAGGCUGACGACCACAUCUAUGUACGCACACACUCACACACACACACAUACAGAGGGAGGAACAUAUUUUGAGAGCAGAAUGCAGAACCUUGUCCCCACAUACACAUACAAAUAUAAUACACAUAAUAGUCAUACAUAUUAACAUCUGCUCAUUCUGAUGCCAACACACACAGACAUGUUUUAUUCCCAAGCUCACUUAGCUCUUAGCAAGCUGCACACACACACACACACACAAACACACCCACCCACACACAGCACUAUUCUAUUCAUCCCUCCUGAGAUCUCCCCGGCAACUCCUCUUCCUACCUCAGCAAACACAGAGAUGCACAAACCCAGCAACCAGGUGUAUUUGGUAACUUGAAACCACACUUCAUCGCCACAUAAUCCCGGUGCACACAGCUCUCAAACAUCCCACCCCCCCACAGUGUGUUCAUCAUGAUCCACUGAACCAUAUGUCAUGGGGGGGGGGACACCACGGGCGGCUGGGAGAGGAGAGGGGUCUUCAGGAGUGCAGGCUGCCUGGCAUCAUGAAUGCAAGAACUUGAAACUUACAGAAAACCACAGACUUUAUGGACAGUGAAGAGGAAUAUGGAUUCAGUACAUGUUGGAGGGACCUACAAGGACCUAAUCUCUCUCUCUCUCUCUCUC